UUCAGUCAUAAAUGUCUUUUGUCAUGUUUAAUGACCCCUUUUGGCCAUAUAUAUUAGCGGGCAUUGGUCGGUUUGUCAGAAAAAAAAUCAGACAUUUGACAAAGGAACGGUCUGUUAUACUUGCACACCAACAAAAGGAUUAACAAUGAAAAACUCACGCCGCCAGGUGUCGCUUUGUACAGUCAUGGUAUCCUUGGUUAAUCUUGCUGUGACGAUGAAUGGCGUAGAAGCUCAGUUCAACCCUGUAGGAGUUAGAGAUCCAUGGGGACCUCGAUCAUUCCGAGGGCAGUUUCCUUCACCUUUUUCUGGCCGAAUGCAAGAGUUAACGGCGAGGGGGUCGGGAAGGAGCCCUCCGAUCAGACAGCCGAACACCUGGGGGUCGGGAAGGAGCCCUCCCAUCAGGCAGCCGAACACCUGGGGGUCGGGAAGGAGCCCUCCCAUCAGACAGCCAAACACCUGGAACCAAUCUCCCAUAGGACCGGGGCAGUUUCCGAGACCAGGAGUUAACCCAAUGAACCAUAAUAUCGUACCACCGGCUAGUUCUAACUUAAAUCCAGAAAAUGGGCCUGUUCCAAAUCAGGCUUCGGGAAUCAGUGCUAUUACAUCUAUCUUUUUGAACAAUACAUCUGUUUUAAACUCUGGGACAGGGAAUGGCCUCUCUCCAGCAAGCAUUCUUAGUCAAGUACAGAAUCUUCCAUUCGGAAGUCAAAACCCGGCGGGAUCUUCUAACGGCCUGUCUCAAAUUCUAAAUUUUGGCAAAACACUUCUAGAAAAUGCUCUACGUGAAAGGACACCUACUAAUGCAGAUACCUCAUCAGGUAACCCUGACGUUAAGCUGAAUGAAAAUCAGUCGCCACAAGAAACGAUUCACUCAAUUGCCACUCCAAAUAUCAAAGCUCCAGAGAUUGGUUCUACUUUUGAAAAAAAAGAACCAGCAGAAAGUAGAAGUGCACCGAUAAAAAGCCCUACCAAUCAAGUACUAGUAUCUCCAAAAGUAAUAAGUGAACCAGUAAAUCCAAGCGAAGUGAAAACUGUUAAAGAUUCCGUGAAACCGUUAGUCUCUGGAUCUACUGAUAACACAGAUCUAUUAAAACCGACAGGUCCUAAACUCAAACCAAUCACUGGACGUGGCAAUUCCAUUGAAGCUAUCCCGUUAGAUACAACACAACAUACAGGUAAUGCCAAUGUUUGGCCAGAUGGGCAACUAACAGACGUAAUCCGUCCUGGAGAUGGACUUCAUACCAUAAACCCAAUCACCGGACUGCCCGAGUUUCCUCAUUCUAAACCCAUUUCUGUUGUAGCACCAAAAGAAGUCGUAGAUAAAGGGCAUUUUCAUGUUGACGGAACGUUUCAUGAUUUUCCUGUUGAGCUGCACGGUAGGGAUAGAAGUAACUCGGGAAACAGCCUAUCUGUUCUUGAUCCCGUUACCGGAGAGAUAGCUGUUUUCCCCGAUAUAGGCAUCAACAGCGAUUCAAGCCAUAAAACCGGAGACCCAACAGAAAUCCGCGCAGCAUGGUUGAUGGCAAGAAAAAGAGCACAAAGACUUCGGGAGCAGAAUCGCCGACUGCGAGAGUUAUUACGUCAGCAUAUGAACGAGGUACACCCAAGUGAGAUAGUUCCAAUCGGUGACAUCAGUGGCCUCAAACCUGGUGACGUCAUUCCAAUUGACGUGAUACCAUCUUUUCCUGAUUACAUUCCUUCGGCCACAGCAUCUCCAACUGUAAAGAUUCCUAGCGAUCUCGGAUUUCCAGAACCGGAACCGGUCAUUCCGGGUAAUCCAAUAGAUUCUGUCCAACCAGAGCCGGGUGAUGCCAUUCCUUUCAACGAUGUCAUACCUGAAUAUAUUCCUUCGGCCACAGCUUCACCUAUAAAAGUACCUAAUAUUAGAGAAAAGCGUCCAUUGCAACCCGGUGACGUCAUACCAUUAGAUGACGUAGUACCGGGGUACAUUCCGUCUGCCACGGCCGCACCUGAGUUUAUUUUCCCAAUUAAGGACAAAGAUACUAAACAUAAUGGAGCACAUCCGGAGGUUCCAGUAAAACCGAAACUCCCAGACACAUUUCUUUUGCCGGCUACCCCUGCCCCAGUGAUCAGAGUUCCGCCAACCACCAGACGUCCCCUUCCACCCCCGCCCCCUCCCCGUCGCCCGCCCCCACCACCCCCGCAAAAGAAGAAUAAUUUGUUAGCAAAUCUAGGAAUUGGUUUUGCCAUUGGAAGUUUGUUGUUUGGAAAGUAGCCCGGUAACAGCAAAACGGCAGCAUGUUUAGGGGGUGGGGUUCAAUGGGCGAGUUGAUAUUAUGUAACGUAUGAUUUACUGUAUGAUUAAUUAAAGAUCCGUUCUUCUAUGUAAGACGUUAAAACAUUUAUAUGGCAAUUUAUACUAAGGACUUGUUUGAUGAAUCGAAUGUUUUGGAUUUAGCCAGCAUACAUACCAGCAUACAAUACGUUUGUCGUUAUAAACACGUUGGUGAAGAUGUGUUCUCAUCCAGGACCAACUGACAUUCAUCUUUUCGUCGGUCGAUUUUUUCCCUAUUUACAGGACCAUAGAGUUUAAAGAGGGGAAUUUUGAAUCUUGUUAUAACUUUGCAAAAAAGAAAAAUAAUAUUGUUUAAAUCAUAAAUCGUACAUAAGCGGGCUUGAUAAUCGUAGCCAUUUUUAGUAUAUCAAAGAAGAGCUUUUUACAGAGAUAGAGGAACAUAUUCAAAUUUUAUCGCUUAAAUAUCACAGUUUUUUCUUACUAAAAGUAUAAAUAUUAGCUGAAAAAUGUGUCUAUAAUUUUUUUUUAACAAAUCUGAUAGGUACAACCAAGUUAAGCCAUGCGCGGAUCUAGAGGGGGUGGUCCCGACACCCCCCCCACCCCCCGGAAAAUGAAAAAUUAUGAAAUUUACAAAGUAAAAUUAUCGCAUAUAUGCCUCGUACCCCUCCCCCCCCCCUCCGGGAAAAUAUUCUGGAUCCGCGCAUGUAAAGUGACUGAGUAAACGAGGUUAGACAUAUUCAUAGUUGUGAAACUUUACAUGUUAUUUUAUUACUUUAUAUAUUACGAAAUCCAUUUAUGUGAUAUUAUUUUGUCUGUGUGUUUUUAUAUUUAUAUAUAAAACAUAUUGUUGUAUACAUGUACAUGUAUUCUUAAUCAUAUUGUGCGACAUUAAACCAAUAAAGCAUCGACAAUGCGACAAUAAAUGCUAUGUGGACAUAUAUAUUUGUUUAUUCACC